AUGGUAAAUAAAAUAUUAGAUCCAAUCUUCAAAUUAUACGAUCCAAUUCGUUAUUCAUUUAACAAGAAAAAAGAGGAUUAUAUUAUCAUCUCACCAACUGUUGGUUCUAAAUCCCAGUUGAAUGAUGGUGGUAGAAUUACCUUCGAAAUAAAUUCAUUAUCGAAUUGGUUGCUUCUUUCCGAUGCUUAUUUCAGAUGCGAUUUCAAAAUAAAAGAUGGAAACCCCAAUGAAAAUCGUGUACCACAAACUAAUACAACGUUAGAAAACAAUUUCUAUCCAUCUUUAUUUAGCGAGAUGGUUUUGGAAGCUGGUUCAAAUCCGACAGAAACUAUCAAACACCCUGGGGAAUUCGAUACAAUGUUGAAAACAGUUUUAUAUCCUAAAGAUUUCGAUUCAGUCUCAGACUGGAUACCCGAUGUUGGUGAUGGAAGUGUUUUAAAAGAACUGGUAAGAAAUGUUCCAAACGAUGCGGAUGAAGCUAGAAUGCGAGUUAUUGCCCGAAACACAAUAGAAAGAAUAGCACGAGCAGCUAAUCAUGGAUUUGAAAAACGAGUACUUCAGUAUAAUAAUGUUGUUGAGAAUAAUAGGUGGGGUAAUUACGUGAAUUGA